AGUGGGUCGCGUGCAGCGUGCAUCUUGCCCUUGACUCUCCUUAAUAAUAAUAAUAAUAAUUAUGGAAUAUAUAUGGCAAUGUGUAAAGAAGAAUUGAAGAUUAUAUUUAAAAUCUAAGAUUGGACAGGAUAGUUAUCUCUCGAAUUCGAAACAAUGGAUCCAGGCACAUCAUUGAAAAACCCUCACCCAAGGGCGAAAGCAAAUUUUCUUUCUGCUGUCACUUUUUGGUGGACUUAUGGGAUAUUUGCGAAGGGCUACAAAACUGAAAUGAAAAUCGACGAUCUUUACAGCACCCUUCCAGAUCACAGGUCUGCCAGAGUGGGCAACAAAUUGGAGAAGAACUGGGAUGAAGAGAUAAAAAAUGCUCAGAGGAAAAAUAAAACGCCGAGCUUCUUCAAAGCAGCAUUUAGGACGUUUGGAUACAAAUACUGCGCUUACGGCUUGGUGCUAUUUUUUCUUGAAAUGGUCGUCAGAAUCUCUCAACCCAUCUUCCUUGGACGCCUUAUUCGAUAUUUCGCUUCAAGCACGGAUAUAAGCGAAGACGAGGCGUAUCUAUAUGCUGUUGGCCUAAUUGCUACCUCGGGAUUGAUCGUCAUGAUUGUGCAUCCGUACAUGAUGGCUGUCAUCCACAUUGGCAUGCAGCUCAGGGUGGCCACUUGCUCACUCAUUUACAGGAAGGCCCUUCGUCUCAGCCACGAGGCCAUGGGGCAUACCACUGCCGGCCAAAUUGUCAAUUUGCUCUCAAACGACGUGAACCGCUUCGACAUUGCUCCCAUGUUCCUGCACAUGCUGUGGAUAGGCCCUUUGCAAACCGCCCUUUGCGCAUACCUCAUGUACGUUCAAAUGGACUGGCCUGUAUUCGUCGGCAUCGGCAUCCUGCUUCUUACCAUUCCUUUACAAGGGCUUCUCGGUAAAAAGACUUCCGACUUGCGCGGCAAGACUGCACGGCGCACCGACGAAAGAGUGCGUCUCAUGAACGAGAUCAUUGCUGGAAUUCAAGUGAUCAAAAUGUACACAUGGGAAAUUCCAUUUGCCAAACUCGUCGCCCUCGCUCGAAGAAUUGAAAUCAGACACAUCCAACACAAUUCGUACAUCAGAGGAAUAUUUUUGUCUCUCAUCAUGAUUAUAACACGACUCACUGUCUUUGUCACUCUUGUCAUCACCGUCCUGAUUGGAGACUACAUCACAGCGGAAAAAGUGUUUGUGAUAACUGCCUAUUACAACAUCAUCCGCCAGACAAUGACCAUGGGUUUCCCGCAAGGCGUCUCGCAGCUCGCCGAGUGCAGUGUCUCAAUCGGUCGCCUGCAGACAUUCUUUAUGCUUGAUGAGCUGAAGACUUCCGCAGUGGAGCCCGCUAAAGAAGACAAUUCAGAUUCUGAGGGGAAAAACAAGCCAACCGGUCCCAUUGGAGUAUUCUUGAAAAACGCAGUCGCCAAGUGGGAGGAAGAGCUGAAUGAACCUACGUUGAACGACGUUUCUAUCAACCUAACCCCUGGCAAACUUGUGGCUGUCAUUGGCCAGGUUGGCUCUGGAAAGACCUCUUUAUUCCACGCCAUCUUGAGCGAGCUGCCCCUCAAGUCUGGCUCUUUGGAAAUAAAUGGUAAAAUUUCUUAUGCCGCUCAAGAGCCCUGGCUGUUCGCUGGAUCAGUGAGGCAGAACAUCCUCUUCGGACAGCAUUUUGAUGCAAACAGGUACAAAGACGUCGUCAAGGUGUGCGCCCUUGAAACGGACUUUGCCCAGUUCCCCUAUGGCGACAGAACGAUCGUUGGUGAGCGAGGAAUUUCACUUAGCGGAGGGCAGAGGGCGAGAGUUGCACUUGCCAGAGCUGUCUACAAGAAAGCCGACAUCUACCUGCUAGAUGACCCAUUGUCAGCUGUUGACACUCACGUGGGCCGCCACCUCUUUGACGACUGCUUGGCUGGAUUCUUGAGGAAGAAGGCUGUGAUGCUGGUCACCCACCAGCUGCAGUAUUUAAAUCAAGCGGACCACAUCAUUAUAUUAAAAAAUGGCAAAGUCCAGGCACAAGGAACGUUUCAACAGUUGCAAGAGAGUGGGCUGGACUUUGCCAAACUCUUGGCGGAAAAUGAGGAGCCAGGCACAGAAAAGAAAGAGAGCGACGGAGAUAACGAAAGUAUUAGUUCUGGCGUUAGCAGCAUCAGCAAAUCUUCCAAGCUGUCCAGACAAACGUCUAAAAUGAGUGAGACCUCAUCCCAAGAUUUGUUAAACAAAGACAGGUCUCCAGAAGAGGUCGCCGAAGUUAGGACCGAGGGAACGGUGUCUGGCGAGGUUUAUGGCCAGUAUUUGAGAGCAGGAGCCACCGGCUUUCAACUGUUUUUCAUGGUAUUCUUCUUCUUACUCGCCCAGGUUGCAGGAAGUUUGACUGACUACUGGACAUCGUUUUGGACAAAUUGGGAGGAAGCACGAAUUCCCGAAGUGAUGCAAACCAAUUGGACACGAAGCUACCUCUCCAAUUUUGCCACUGAUUUCUCUGCGAUAACGUGGAUGAGCACUGAGGUGGGAAUUUACGUCUUCUCGGCUUUAAUGCUUUGUGUGAUCAUCUUUUCCGUCUGGAGAAUAUACUUGUUCUAUGGAGUCUGCAUGAGAUCUUCAGUUAAUCUGCACGACAAGAUGUUUGACUCUAUAACCAGAGCAACAAUGGAAUUUUUCAACACCAAUCCUUCAGGUCGAAUCUUGAAUCGCUUCUCAAAGGACAUGGGUGCCGUGGACGAAUUACUGCCAAUGGCCAUGAUUGAUUGUUUGCAGAUAGCCCUGGCACUGAUUGGCAUCGUUACUGUGAUCGCGGUGGUAAACGUGUGGCUGCUGAUCCCAACGGCGGUGAUCUCGGUCAUCUUCUACUUCAUCCGCGUGAUCUACCUGAAGACGUCGCGGAGCGUGAAGCGGCUGGAAGGCGUGACCAGGUCGCCCGUGUUCUCACACUUGAACGCCUCGAUCCAUGGGCUGACGACGAUCAGAGCGUUCAAGUCGCAGGACAUUCUAUUUGAGCAGUUUGACAACCACCAGGACGUGCACUCGUCCGCCUGGUACCUGUUCAUCACGACGAGCCGUUCGUUCGGCUACACGCUCGACCUCAUCUGCUUCUUGUACAUCGCGGUGGUGACGCUCAGCUUCCUCUUCGUCGACUCGGACUACGAGGGCGGCAACGUCGGCCUGGCCAUCACGCAGGCGCUCGGCCUGACCGGCAUGUUCCAGUGGGGCAUGCGCCAGUCGGCCGAGAUGGAGAACCAGAUGACCUCGGUCGAGAGGGUGAUUGAGUUCACCAACCUGGACGCCGAGCCGCCGCUCGAAACCGAGCCGAGCAAGGACCCGGGCAAGGACUGGCCGCGUCAGGGCCGCGUCGUCUUCGACGAGCUGACCAUGCGCUACAGCAAGAACGACCCGCCAGUGCUCAAGGGCAUCUCCUUCAGCAUCAACUCGGGCGAGAAGAUCGGCGUGGUGGGCCGCACCGGCGCCGGGAAGUCGUCCCUCAUUUCGGCCCUUUUCCGCCUCGCCGACACCUGCGGAGGACGCAUCCUGAUCGACGACAUCGACACCGCCACGCUCGGCCUUCACCAGCUGCGAGCCAACAUUUCCAUCAUCCCGCAGGAGCCGGUGCUCUUUUCCGGCACGAUGAGGAAGAACCUCGACCCCUUUGACGAAUUCCCCGACGAACUGCUGUGGUCCGCGUUGGAAGAGGUUGAAUUGAAGGAGGCCGUCGCUGACCUGCCCGGAGGCCUGGCCGCCAAGAUGUCGCAGGGCGGAAGCAACUUUAGCGUUGGUCAACGCCAAUUGGUUUGCUUGGCAAGGGCCAUCGUGCGCAACAACAAAAUUCUAGUUCUAGACGAAGCGACGGCCAACGUUGACCCAAAAACCGACGCGUUCAUUCAAACGACCAUCAGGAAGAAAUUCGCCAACUGCACCGUGUUCACCAUCGCGCAUCGACUGCACACGAUCAUGGACUCUGACCGAGUGCUUGUGAUGGACUUGGGUCGUGCGGCCGAACUGGCCGCACCCGCUGAGCUGCUCGCAAACUCCAAGUCGAUUUUCGCGGGAAUGGCCCAGCAAGUGGGCUUGAACCUGUCCAACUACCUGCAGAAAGACACUUACAUCGAUCAUAACGCGUCAGAAUCAACCGACUUUUAAAUUGCCUGAUCAAAUAUCAACACUUUGAAAAGUGUACAAAACGUUGUAGAGCUUUCUAAAUAUUUAUUUUUAGCGGUUUAGUGCUGUAGAAAAUCGAAGAGUUGCUGAACAAAUAUUCUGGUUUUAUUUUGCUUAUUUUUGUCGACAGAUCGGAGCUAUGCCGCUGGUCGUGUGUAAUUUGUCUGUGAUUGUAAAUGCACUUGCUUGGGAUGCCCAAGUGUGAAUCGAACUGUAUUUUGGUGCCGUUUGAAAUAAAGUAUUUUUAAAAUUAUCACAUUUA